UGAACGAUUCAUUGGUCGAACGCAUAUGUCACACCGAUUAUAUGGUUUAAUGUUUGUCGAAUAUCGAAAAUCAUUUCGGAUUAUCGAAUUGAUGGAUUAUCGAAUGAUUUCCGAAUAUCGAAAAUCAUUUCGGACUAUCGAAUGA